AUGUUUUGUCAUUGUUUCAUAACAUUGAAUGGCUUGAAUUACAGAGGAAGACUUCAAUGCAAACCGGAAUGUGACUCAAAUUGUGAAAAUGGAUAUUGUGCUGAGCCGGAGAAAUGCCUCUGUAAUCCAGGGUAUGAGCUUCAUCCAGAAAUCAAAAACAAGUGCGUCCCAGUGUGUACUAAUGGAUGUGGACAUGGAAAUUGUAUAGCACCGGACACUUGUGAAUGUAAUUAUGGAUAUCAACUAAAAGACAAAACAUGCCAACCAAUCUGCAAUGAGCCCUGUGUUAAUGCAACAUGCGUAGCACCGGAUAAAUGUGAAUGUUAUUUAGGAUAUAAAGAAAAUGAAAACAAUAUUUGUCAGCCAUACUGUUCUAAUGGAUGUAUAAAUGGUAUUUGUACAAGUCCUGAAAAUUGUACUUGCAAUGAUGGUUGGUAUAAAGACGAGGAAAUAUGUAAGCCAUACUGCGAUUUUGAUUGCGGUGGUGGUACAUGUGAAGCCCCGAAUAGUUGCGUUUGUAAUCCAAAUUUCACUAAAGCUGAAAACUUAACAUGCGUACCUCAUUGUUCCCAAGGAUGUGCAAAUGGAAUUUGUGUUAGCCCAGAAAAUUGUGUUUGUAACAAAGGAUGGGCUAAGAAUGAUGAUCUAAAUGUCUGUGUACCACAUUGUGAGGUCGAAUGUGGCGGAGGCAUUUGUGCUAGUCCAAAUGUUUGCGAAUGUUAUGCUGGUUAUAUUAUGUCUGCUAAUGGGACAUGUAUACCCGAUUGUCCCCAAGGCUGCCCACACGGUCAGUGUGUGCAACCUGGAAAUUGUAGCUGUGAAAAUGGAUGGUAUAAAAACGAGACUCACGACGAAUGUCGUCCUAUAUGUGAUAACAAUUGUAUAAAUAGUAUUUGUGUCGCACCGAAUACAUGCGAGUGCUUAUCUAACUAUACAAAGGAUGAGAAUUAUUUAUGUAUACCUUAUUGCUCAUCAGGGUGUCCAAAUGGCACAUGUUUUAAUCCAGAAGUAUGUGAAUGCAAUGAUGGCUGGCAAAAAGAUGAGAAUGGUAUUUGUGCACCGAAAUGCAAUCGCCCUUGUGGAAAUGGAAAAUGUAUAGAACCUGAUGUUUGUGAAUGUUUUCCUGGAUAUAAGAUAAAUAUCAAUGAUAAAAAACAUUCAGAUGGUCUAUGCAUCCCUGAAUGUAAGGGAUGUAAUGGAACUUGUAUAGCACCAAAUAAAUGUGUCUGUGAGCGUCCACUGAAAGCUGUUAACGUAACGGAGGACGGACAGAAAUGUGAUUGCAGCGAUUUUUGUAUUAUAGGUCAAAGGAUAUGCCGAUAUACUGCUUGUGUUUUCAACCAUAAUUAUUAUGAUUAUACAACAGAUCGCUUGCACGAUAUGGUGGAAAAUACAAACAUCAGCACGAUUACUAAAGAGGUGGGAACUGACGGCAUGACCACUGAUAAUAUUUUAGAAGAAAAAUCAGGUUCGUCGUUUGAUUCGGAUACUUUACAUAGAAGCCAAAGAAAUUUCCAGUAA